GCUGGUCAUUUUGUUUGAGUGCGCGCUUUUCCUUGGCGGCCUUGCCUCAAACCCGCGAAGGGCGACGUCGGACAGUCGGAGCCGGCGCUCUCCUGUUCCCGCCUUCUCAUCUUCUGGAAGCAGAAACCCUAACUCAUGUGCGCCUUCCCUCAGUUGUUCCUCACUUGAUUGCUUAUUGAUUUGGAUGUGCUUCUGGCAGCGUUUUGGGUCACUGUUUUCUUCGUCUUCUUGAGAUCGAAUUCCCGGUCACAGUUGUACGGUAUAUUGCAACUGAAGCUGUAUCUCUAGAAACCACAGAUCUCAAGAUCUCGAAUGGCGAUCGGUGUGAGGAUGAAAGCAGGAGACGCGACGGCGGUGAAGCUGCUGCUUGCCCUGGGUUUCAUGUUCAGCAUGAUGGCCGCUCUGGCGUACUGCAUUCACAACAUGAAGCACGUCCGGCCGUUGCCGAUGGAUGCGCCGCUUGAUCGUUUCUCAGAGGCGAGGGCCGUGGAACACGUCAGGCAUCUGUCCAAGGAAAUUCAGGGUCGGCAGGAGGGAAGCCCAGGCUUGCUGCAGGCUGCACACUACAUAAAAGCACGGUUAGAGGCAAUUGCCGCCCGGGCCGGGUCGAAUUACAGCAUCGAGAUUGACGAAUCAGUUGUUGAUGGUUCUUUUAGUAUGUACUUUCUGGGUCAUAGUAUAACUUUUGGAUAUAGAAAGCACACAAACAUUGCUAUGAGAAUUGCAUCAGAAUACUCCAAAGAUACUAAUCCAUCGGUUUUAGUCAAUGCUCACUUUGAUGGUCCACUUGGUUCUCCUGGGGCUGGUGAUUGUGCAUCUUGUGUUGCUUCAUUGCUGGAACUAGCACGGUUAAUUGUUGAUUCAAGCUGGAUUCCACCUCAACCUAUUAUUUUUCUUUUCAAUGGUGCUGAGGAACUUUUCCUUUUGGGUUCUCAUGGCUUUACGAAGACUCAUAAAUGGCGUGAUUCUGUGGGAGCUUUUAUUAAUAUUGAAGCAUCUGGAACGGGCGGCUUUGAUUUGGUCUGUCAAUCUGGACCUGGUCCAUGGGCAUCUUUAAUUUAUGCUCAGUCUGCAGUAUAUCCUAUGGCAAAUAGUGCUGCGCAGGAUGUCUUCCCUAUAAUACCUGGUGAUACAGAUUACAGAAUAUUUGCCGAGGAUUAUGGAGACAUUCCAGGACUGGAUAUCAUAUUUGUCCUUGGUGGUUAUUUCUAUCACACUUCAUAUGACACAGUGGAAAGACUAUUUCCUGGAAGCAUUCAAGCACGUGGUGAAAAUUUGUUUAGUUUAGUUAAGGCAUUCACAAGUUCUUCAAAACUACAAACUGCCAUGCAGAGAAAACUUCUUAGGGUUGGCCAAAAUGAAACAAUCGAAGAACAGGCAGUUUUUUUUGACUACUUGUCAUUGUUUAUGGUAUUUUAUUCAGGAAAGACCGUUCUGGUACUGCACAGUCUUCCAAUGAUCAUGUUUCUUUCGAUGCCUUUUUUCCUUUGUCAUGGAGAUAUGAGGGUGGAGGGUUUCUUUUCCGUUUUCUGCCAAUUAUUUAAAGGAAUGCUGUUUCAUGUGUUUGGGGUUCUUCUGGCAGUUAUUGUCCCUGUUGUCUUUGCCAUUUGCAGGCUGCUUUUCUCUGGUUAUGCAAUGAGCUGGUUUGCACAUCCAUGGUUGGCAUUCUUGAUGUUCAUUCCUAGUUCACUUAUUGGCUUGCUGAUUCCAAGAAUUAUAUCAAGUGAUCCAUCUUCCCGAGCUAUAUCAGCUUCAAAGUCAUCGACAAUGGGUUUGUCAAACACGAUUCGCUUUUGGGGUGCCUUUGGUUAUUAUUCUUCUCUAACUUCGGCUUAUCAAGCCUUUGGGCUUCAUGGUGGUUUUUUGACACUUAUGAUAUCUAUAUUUAUGUUCAUGGGUUGGAUUUCACAUCGCCUUUCUAUCAGAAGUUUUGGGCAAAACUCGCUCAGGUCACUGGCAGGAUAUGUUAUUACCUUGAUUCCGUUGUUACUAUAUAGUGUAUACUUUGGUGGAUUCCUUGUCCAAUUUUUGAUUGAGAAGAUGGGCAUGAUGGGUUCUCUUCCUCCUCCAUACGGGUAUUUUGUACCAGAUGUCAUAAUUGCAGCUACGAUUGGUGUAGUCACUGGGUGGUGCAUGGGUCCGCUAGUUCCCCUCAUUGGCCAUUUGCUGGCCAGAUCAUUUGUCAUCCAAUGCUGCUUGCAUUUAAGUGUUGCUGCCAUGGCAUUGUCAUCACAGUUCUUUCCUUACAGUACCAGUGCACCAAAAAGAGUUGUGCUCCAGCAUACAUAUAAAACUGCAGAUGUGAAUAGAGUAGAGGACUCGAGCUAUGAUUUUGCUGUUGUAGAUUCCAAUUCAUUGCCCUUCCUUUUCAAAUAUUCACCUAAAGCAGCAAAUCUGUUAGAGGUUGGGUCACAGCUUUCUGCAGAAAAUUCUUUUCCAUCUAACCAAGAUGAAUUAGUGGCACUUUUUCCUGUAUCCUAUUUACUUUAUGGAGGUGUCAAGUUUCAUACAAAGGAAGAUAACAUCUUUAAGCACUACACACAUUUGCCAUAUUUAUUCAGCAACAAGCCAACAGAGCAUUAUAAUCCUGUAUCCAGGAGGAUCUACCUCGAACUUUAUUUAGGGUCUCUGCAGGAGGUUUGGGUUUCUGUCUUGAACAUCACAGGUCCAUUAUCAAGGUGGUCAUUUGCAGACAAUACUGUACCUGAUCCGGAGAGAAUAAACGGUGGACCGCCAUCGUACAUCUGUAGAUUGAGCGGUAGAGGUGACCAGAACUGGACAUUUUGGUUGGAGGCUAACAGUUCAGAAAGUUUGAGGGUAGAUCUUGCAGUGGCGGACCAAUACCUGGGUGAUGCUACGAGGAAAUUGAAGGGGGCCUUCCCGGAUUGGGUAGAUGUAGUGGCUUAUUCAAGCUAUCUGUCAAGUUAUUUCUUUUAAAUAAUGUUCCUUUUCCCAGACUUCACUGCUUAAAAAUAAUUUAGUUGAUCAGGUGAUUUCAUGUCUACGAAUAUUUGGACAUGAAAGAUAAACAUUGUCAAUUUAGGCAGGUUCAGUUAAGCCAAUCUUUUUUAUGC